AUGGGGUUUGGGUUUGUAAUAUAUGGAGGCACAACAGCUGAAAAUUCAGCAAUGAAAGCAGUUGAGUUUGAUGGUAUGGAGUUUCAUGGGAGGGUGUUAACUGUAAAACUUGAUGAUGGGAGGCGAAUGAAGGAGAAAUCUGCAGAUAGGGCUAGGUGGAUUGAAGGGGAUGACACUCCUUCCAGGACAGAGUUUGGAUUGAUGAUUAAAUAUUAUGCAAAGAAAGGUGACAUGCAUCGAGCAAGAGAAAUGUUUGAGAGCAUGAGGGGUAGAGGAAUUGAGCCAAAUUCACAUGUAUUUACCACCCUAAUUCACGCUUAUGCAGUAGGUAGAGAUAUGGAGGAAUUGAGCCAAAUUCACAUGGAUUUUGAUUGCGGCGAUAGCGCUAUUCACGGAGCUACACGUCCUCCUCAACCUUGUUUCCAUCGGAACACUUUUUGUCUUCUUAAUGGUCUCAAACGCAGUCAUUUACAGACGAUAUGUCUCACUGGGGACCACAACCCCAUGGCCCACACUGUCGUUCUUGUUAAACUUUUCAUUCACUUCCAUCAUGUUUACCCUGCUAUGGUGGUUCGCACCGCCCGGGAAACCUAA